AUGUUUAGAAAGUUCUGUUUCGUUGCAAGGCGGCAGUUCAGUUCCUCAAUAAGAGCGUCCACUAGUAAUCAAAGGUUACUAAAAACGGAACGAGAGAUAAACGAGUAUUUGAAUAAAUCAACUUGGGCAGUUAAAGAUCUCAUAUCUGAUCCCAAUGAUAGGAUCCAAAUAAGUGAUAAAACCAUGGAUAAAAUAGUCCGGUUAUCCGGACUUACCAAUGAUGUUUCAAGUGUUGAAAGAGAGAAACUUGCUUCUGCUUUGGGUCAACAGAUGGGUUUCGUAAAACAUUUAUAUGAUAAUGAUACUUCAAACAUGGAUUCAACAGAAGAAGCUAACGAUAGGCUGUUUCGUUUAAUAGCCAGUGAUCACAUUUUACAAAAACCCGUUAGUUUACAAGACUUGCUAGAAGAAAUUGAAAGUCUUCCAGGAAAAGUUGAUAAAGAGAAGGGAGAAAUCGAUUUUGAUAUACGAAAAUUACACCCGGAUAGUGAAAGUUCUUAUUUUACAGUUAAAGCACGCCAGGGUUAG